UCCAGUUUAUAAAAAGUGUCAUGUGUCAUUUGUAUUGAAUUGAAAAGGAAGUUUCGUCACGUUGUAAUACCUCAGAACAAGUUUGGCUCCUGAAGUCUUCUGUUGUGUUGACUCGGUCCCUCAGGCUUCCUAGGGGUCAUCUAACAAACUUCACUUGAGCAACUGAGAAAGAGGCACCUUAGACAGAUAACAAUGAUACUAUGAAUAUGAUAAAACCACCACAUGAAAAAAUAUAUGAAUAAAUAUUAAUACUGCAUAUACAAUGAAAUUGAGUCAUGGAAAGAGUGAUGAAAGAGAUUUUCAAAAAUGAGAAAUGACACAGCAGUUAUUUCCUGAAAACCAAAGUAUAUAAAAGAGAGACACUCCGGUAGUGUGACAGUGUGUGUGUGUGUGUGUGUGUGUGUGUGUGUGUGUGUGUGUGUGUGUGAAUGUGUGUGAAUGUGUGUGAGCACGUGUUUCACUGGUGUGUGUGUAGAAGAAUCAGUAUUUCUAUUACAGAAAGCAGAGAGAAUAUUAGUAAAAUGAUCAAAUAUUUAUCAUUUAGAGUUUUAAUUAAGAACAACUUUACUUACUUGUUAUAAUAUUAAUAGGACCAACAGAUCUACAGUGAGAUUAUUUUACAUCCCUAUAAUACUUACAGUGUAUGUUUUUACACAUUUAUUGAAUUACAUCUCUCACAAUCUCUGUCUUAGUGAAUGUAUCUUUAAUAACUCAUAUAAAGUGUAAUAGAAAAGUUCUUUUCCUGUAACUUGUAACUGUCACGUCUUCAUUCUGGUCUUAGCUGUAAAUAGAUGCGUGUGAAUUUCACACCUUUUUCUGCUGUCUCUCUGUCAGUGACCAUCUUCACUUCCUGCAUUACACCUUAUUUACUGUUAUUUUUAAAUACUAGUUAAAUGCAUUUGUCAGUACUGUGUUCACAUUAAAAAAAAAAAAGUUUUACAGAAGUGAACAUAGUAUUGAGAAAUGUGUAUAAAUAAUUGUUAAAACUGGAAAGUGAUCAGUUUAAAGAAAUCUGCACAUUGUGUAGUUGUAACACGCUGGCUGCGUCUGAAAUGGUGUACUACCCUACUACACAGUAGGCGAACAGCAGUACACCAGAGGGGUAGUAGUUAUGUCCGAAUUCUCAGUAGGAGAGAAAUACCCGGAUGGUGUACUGCUUCCGGUGAGAUUUUGCAGCGUGCAACCGAUGGACACUACGCGAGUCAAAAAUCCCAUAAUGCAACAGGACUGGCGCGGACGAGCUCAGAAAAAAAUGGCAGAAGACAAUACUUUUUAAGUAUUAAACCUUGGUUAAACAGGACUUGUUUAACAAUACCCGAAUAAAUUGUUAACUUGUUGAAGGUUUAAACAAGAAAACAGUUGUCACAGCGUUUGAAACCUUUUUUGUGAUCUCCAUCAUGCCUUAGCCGGCCAAGCUAACGGCGACGAAUUUACCUCAGUCUGUUAACCCCGCCCACUUUACAUUACUAAUUCAGUUCACUUUCCUGAUCUGCGUUUUGCCGUGUAGUAGGUUCAAGUUUUCGGAAUUAAAUGUACUGAAGUAUUUUUCUUAAAAUUAAAUUUUGAAAUGUUGUACUUCAUAUUGUAUUCAGUAGAUUGUGAGUUUUUGUAUGUUUGUUUCUGUAGGCUGUUCUCUCUCUGCUGAUAAUCCGACAGAAAUCACAGGACACACAGGUGGUUCAGUGCUGUUCCCCUGCUCCUGCUCUGACCUGAACACCAAACCUCAGAAAUUCACCUGGUGGAGCGACAGAACAGGACGUCUGACAGAAAUGUUAAAUGGUGAACACUACCGUGACAGACUUCAGCUGUUUAAUCACAUUUCUCCUGCUAAUCUGUCUCUGUUCAUAUCUGACCUGAGAGAAGAGGAUCAUGGAGUCUACAGGUGCAGCACUGAGAAGGAACACAGAGACAUCUGGCUUAAUGUUAAAGUAGGAAGAAGAGAAACUUCAACACACUCGAGGAAAACAGACACAACACGUCCAUCAGGACCGCCUCAGAGUACAACAACAAACUCUCCACCUCCAUCAUCCUCAACAACACUGGAACAAGUUUUCGGCAUUCUGGCGGGUUUAUUGUUGGUGAUACCCGGAGUAGUGGCAUUUAUUUGUUGGAAACGCAAAGGAGGAAGAUGUGGAGAGAACGUGAUCACUGAAGGACGUCCGGACUGUAAGAGAAAGCAGAAGGAUCAGAUUGGGUCUGAUGUCACUGUAUUUACUACUGUUAUUUACACUUACUACUCCACUGACCCACAUUAACACAGCCGGAGCAGCAGAUCAUCACUGGACAGAAAACUGAAUAUAGCAGCAUUAUAACAAACUAAUCCAGAGUAAAUAUAGACACAUGCUCAGAUAUUAUAGAAUAAUCCUGAAAACAUAUAUUAAAUACACAUUAUGGGCAGCACGGGAUUCACAAUAUUGACUUUUUGAGAUUUUUAUACAUUUUACAAUUAAAUAUCAGAUUCAGGCAUAAACAUGUGUGUUACAUUUACUUAUGUUAGCUAAGUGUAUUGUUCUGCAUUCAUUGUUUAUCAUUAAUUGCUGAUGGAUGAUCUCGCUAAUUAUAUUUUGAGUGUACGUGUCAUUUUAUAUCUUAUGUGUACCAUACUUAUAUCAGGUUAAGAAAUGAAAGCUCUAGAAGGCUGUUGUCAUCAUGCUGUUUUGUGUAAGAAGACUGCUAUAGAAGUUCUUCUUUUGUGACUUUUAAUGACUUUGGGUAAAAAUAAAAGAAGGAGGAUUGUUGAAUCUGACUGGACUGAAUGUGUUUCUAAUCUAGCUUUUGUAAAAUUUUCAUAAUAGUCCUUAUAGAUUGUUACAGGUUUUUUUUUUUUUUUUUAAACAAUAUUGAGGUAAUUUUUUUUUUCAAAGCUCACACAGUUAGCACAGCAGCGGUCUCAGUGGACUGAACUAUGGAUCAGUUUUUAUUGCUUUGAGACAAAAGGCAUUGAAUAAGUUCAUCAUUCAAUCUUCAUGAAUUCUUUUUUCACACAAAUUCAACUUCCAGCAAAUCUCUGUGUAUCUACUGCACAUGUUUCCAACCUGUU